AGGGGAGGAGAGGCAAAGUUGCCAGGAUCUAAAAUGGCCGGCAGAGCGGCUGAAGCCAAAACACUUUUUUAAAAAUCCUUUAUACGGGCCAGCACCCUCUCGGACUUCGUCCCGGCCAGCGCCGUCCGGUUGCCUUCCCUCCGCUCUCCUCCCCCCCCCACUCCUCCAGGCCAAACUAACGGGCCCGGCCGCGCGCUCUUUCGCCGUGCGUGAUGACGUAAGGGGAGCCUGCCCGGAGAAGCCGCCGCUGUUCGCGGGGUGGUUGCCGUGGUAACGGUGCCCAGCUCCCAGGCCGGAGCGGGCCGGGCCUAGCCAUGGCUGCUGCGGCGGGGGCAGCUGUGGCGGCGGCGGCGGCGACGCCGGACGAAGACCCCCGCCCGCUGCCGGGGCCUUCCUUUGGGCGGAGGGCCGUGUGCUCCCGACCCUACUUCGUGGUGCUGAUGGUGUUCGCGCACCUCUACGUGCUCAACGUGCUGGGCUUGCUGCUCUUCGUGCACAUUAGCUCCGACGACGGGGAGACGGAGCCGGGCAAGGAGGGACCCCCGGGCCCCGCACAGGACCCGCCCGCGCCGCCCUUCUCCUCCCCGGGAGGAGGAGGAGGCUCUCGCCCUCACAGCCUGCCUCGCCUCGAGGGCAUCAAGGUGGGCCAUAAACAGAAGGUGGAGCUGAUUCCUAACAAAAUCCAUGUCAUGAAAACUCUCAGCUUGAAACCACUCCUUUUUGAAAUUCCAGACUUCCUGAGUGAGGAUGAAUGCAAGUUAAUUAUCCACUUGGCUCAGCUGAAAGGGCUGCAGAAAAGUCAGAUUCUGCCCACAGAUGACUAUGAGGAAGCAAUCGAAAUGAUAGAUAUCAGCCAGAUGGAUAUAUUUAAUCUACUGGACCACAACCAGGAUGGACAGCUGCAGCUCAAGGAGGUACUGACACACACCCGUCUAGGAAACGGCAGGUGGAUGACGCCUGAGAGUAUCCGGGAGAUGUACUCUGCCGUGAAAGCAGACCCAGAUGGCAAUGGUGUGCUGAGUUUGGAGGAGUUUAAGCAGCUGAACAUUCGGGAUUUUCACAAGUAUAUGGGCAGCCAAAAAGUGAAGAUGAGUGACCUGGUGCGGAAUAGCCAGCACACGUGGCUGUAUCAAGGCGAGGGAGCCCACCACGUCAUGCGCUCCAUACAGCAAAGGGUGAUUCACUUAACCCGUCUGCCCUCUGAGAUUGUGGAGCACAGUGAACCCCUGCAGGUGGUGCGAUACGACCAAGGCGGGCACUACCAUGCCCACAUGGACAGUGGACCGGUGUUCCCUGAGACUGCCUGCAGUCACACCAAACUGAUUGCCAAUGAAACUGCUCCAUUCGAGACCUCGUGCCGCUACGUGACAGUUCUGUUCUACCUAAAUAACGUGACCGGAGGAGGAGAGACCACUUUUCCGAUAGCUGACAAUAGGACCUAUGAAGAGCUGUCUCUCAUCCAGAAUGAUAUUGACCUACGUGACACUCGUAAACACUGUGAUAAGGGAAACCUACGUGUAAAACCCCUGCAAGGCACUGCUGUUUUCUGGUACAAUUACCUGUCAGAUGGAGAAGGCUGGGUUGGCGACCUAGAUGAAUAUUCUUUGCACGGAGGCUGCUUGGUCACCGAAGGAACCAAGUGGAUUGCCAACAACUGGAUCAACAUUGAUCCCAACAAGAGGCGACAGCUCCAGUUCCAAGAGGAGAUGGCUCGAUAUACAAACAGUGCGGAUGAGGACCAAAGCGAGUGGACUGUGGACAAAUCCUACAGCAACGUACAUGUGGAGCUGUAGUGCUUGGAGAUGCCUUUUCGUGGACUUGGAAGAAACUUUUUUUGCACUAGCCAUUUUCAGCCCUCUAAUCUCCCACUUUCCCCCCAUCCCCGCAUAUCUCAGCAGAGAUUGCUAGCUGCGCUCCAGCCUAGACUGGAGAAAACAAGGGACUGGAUAGGGAGGUAUGGUCUGGAAUGCACUGUGAAAGAGAACUGGUGAGGCAGGAGAAAUGAUCGCGGCUGGGUUGUUAGGGUGCAGUUCUCACCUGCAUCUUUUUUUUAAUGUCUGGCUUUGGUUCUGGGUCUCUGAGCGAGCCUUCCCCAUGGCAUGUGCAGUCAGUUAGCCUCCAGGUUUGUUGCUCUUCUUCAUCCUGAGCCAUUUCCCCCCGCUGGAAUGCAGUUCUUCUCCUUGAGCUGGGUUUGCAGCUCUCUUCCUGGCACCUGCCCACCUGCUGCCACAAGAUCUCGUAAAGCAGCAAAACUGAUCUCAGAAAGUGUCUCUUCUCAUUCUAGGUGGUUCUCUAGGGGGCAAAAGCUGUCGCUCCUAGCACUCACAGGCACAAGUACAUAAUAAUAGGUAAACUUUAUGUAAGGGGGUCUUGAGCAGCUGUAUGUUAAGGAAGUUUCAGGAUUGAAGGUGCUGGAGUCAUUCCAGAUGAUUUCUAAUGCUCAUGGAGAAUUUUUCUCAGGGUCAGACUUGGUUCUGAAUAAGGACAUGGUUCUGAAAUAUUUAUUGUGUUGAUUAUCGGGGGGGGGUGUUCAAGUGUGCAAUAGCAGCUGGUGUGCUGUAUUUGUUGAGAUUUUCAUUUCAGUAACUUGAUUUGUGUGCUCGGUUGGGUUUUCCCCCCUCUGUGAAUCUGUUUGGAAGGAGUUUUCUCCCACCCCCAGACAUGUUCCACUCCAUUUAGUGUCUGGUUUGGGCCAACAGCAUACUCACAUCAUGUUCCUUCUUGCAGAUGGAUAUAUACAAUCAUGAACGUAAGAAGAUUCCUGUUGGAUCAAACUAAAGGCCCCUGUGUACCAGCAGCCUGCUUUCCACAGUGGCCAAUCAGAUUCCUCUGAAAAGCAGGGCAUGAAACUGAUCAGGACAUGAAACUGAUAGUCCUUUUCCAUUGUUGCUGCUCAAGAGACAGUAGGGAUGCGGGUGGCACUGUGGUCUACACCACUGAGCCUCUUGGGCUUGCCAAUCCGAAGGUCAGCAGUUUGAAUCCCCGCAACAGGGUGAGCUCUCGUUGCUCUGUCCCAGCUCCUGCCAACCUAGCAGUUCGAAAGCACACCAGUGCAAGUAGAUAAAUAGGUAUCGUUGCGGCGGGAGGGUAAACGGCGUUUCCGUGCGCUCUGGUUUCCGUCACGGUGUUCCAAUGUGCCAGAAGCAGUUUAGUCCUGCUGGCCACAUGACCCGGAAAGCUGUCUGUGGACAAACGCCAGAAAGUGAGAUGAGUGCCGCAACCCCAUAGUCGCCUUUGUCUAGACUUAACUAUCCAGGGGUCUUUCACCUUUACCUUUUUGCUCAGGAGACACAUGGCAUCUGAACAUGGAGAGCGGGAUUCAGCUAAUGAGUCCCAUCAAGGGAAGCCCUGUGCAAGGACUGUCGCUUUGCACCCUCUGAAAUUAGUUCUGGGGGAAUUGGGAGAGCCCCUGGAACAACAUGCGGAGGGAGAAAAGGAGGGAUUAUUCCACAAGGCAACCCAAAAUGCUUGAUGGAGUAAUCACCUAAGUGCAAUGUUGAAUUCCUCCCUUAGCUUUCAUAUAGCCAUCAUGGGUAGUUGUUGAUUGCCUUAUCCUGCAUGAAUUUGUCUAAUCCUCUUAUAAAACUAUCUAAACCAGUGGCCAUCAUCUUGAAUGCCAUAAAUGUAUUAUUCAUUGUGUCCAGAGGUACUUCCCUUCAGUUUGUCCAGAAUCUCUUCUGCACCAUGCAUAAUUUUACAAACCUCUUUCAUGUUUCCCCUUACUCAAUUCCCUGCUCCCCAAACUAAAAAAACACCCCAAGCAACAGUCCUUUUCUGCACCUGUUCCAGCUCUACAAUAUCUUUUUUGAGAUGAGGCUAAUCAGAGAGGCUUUCCCCCUGUAAUUGAACUUGAAGCGUGAGCCAGAGUUGGCCCUUUUCCCUUCUGUGUUGGCCUGAGGAUAUAUUUCUUUCUAAUAGGUGU